AAGUUUGCCUUGCUUUAGUUUGGGGUGGUGGUUCGUCCUUGUUGGUUUUUGCUUCAUUUUCAAGACAGCCUCUUUGUAUAGCCGAAAAAACUCUGUGCGCACAUACUGGCGUGUUUACGGUAGUGCGCUCCAUCUCUCUGCGCACCGUGCCUGGCAGGAGCUCGCAGCUUCAGAGCCAACAACACCGACAAUGACGCGUGUAGGAGACGGCCGAAAAUUUUACUCUCCCUCCUAAAACAGGCGGUACCUGAGGCGAGCAAUGAACGCAGUGGACAUUUCGCUUCACCGACCGAGCCUCAUCUCCUGUGGUGCUUCACUGUGAGCAGCUGAAAAACAUUUCGCAAUCUAUUUUGCAUGCAGCCGACAGGGCGCAUUAAGAAGUCUGGGAUAUAUUUUUCCACCCCAGCCCAGUCCGGCGACCUUGCAGCGUGUGUGCUGCUUAUCUGAAGGAGCCUGUUUUGAAGCAAUAUCAGGUUUUUUUUCUCUCCAAGAUGUUUUGAGCGCCAGGAGGGCUGAGAAGCGGCUGGUGUCGUCGGUCGGGGGGGUUUGCUCACUGCGCAGACAAGCGGCGGACUGUCUCUGCGUUACCGCUCGGCUCGUCUGGUCUGAUCCACAACAAACACAGCUCAGGGAAGGCAAGGAGGUGGAAGAAAGAAGCUUUUAAGGUGUGUUUUUUGGAAAUCAGGAAAUAUACGGCGUUAAAAUGACGAUGUCCGUCCCGGAGAGGAAAUCAGGAUCGGAGGGGAAGGAGGAGGAGAGCGAGGAUGAGAGUGAAAUCCUGGAGGAGAGCCCGUGCGGCCGCUGGCAGAAACGGAAAGAGCAGGUGAGCCAAGGUAAUGUCCCAGGUGUGGAAAGUGCCUCUCUGGCCAUGGACACAGAGGAGGGCGUGGAGGUUGUGUGGAACGAGGUGCUAUUCUCCGACAAGAAGGUCUACAAAGCACAGGAGGAGAAGAUCAAGGAGAUGUUUGAGAACCUGAUGCAGGUCGAACAUCCCAACAUUGUCAAGUUCCACAAGUACUGGCUGGACAUGAAGGAGAGCCAGGCUCGGGUUAUAUUCAUCACAGAAUACAUGUCGUCUGGCAGCCUCAAGCAGUUCCUGAAGAAAACCAAGAAAAACCACAAGACCAUGAAUGUGAAGGCCUGGAAGAGAUGGUGCACCCAGAUUCUCUCUGCCCUCAGUUAUCUGCACUCUUGCGACCCUCCAAUAAUCCAUGGCAACCUGACGUGCGACACCAUCUUCAUUCAGCAUAACGGCCUCAUCAAGAUCGGCUCAGUGUGGCAUCGGCUAUUUGUUAAUGUGUUUCCAGAUGCCAGUGUCCACGGUAAAGCGAGACAACACCGUGACGAGCAGAGGAAUCUUCAUUUCUUUGCUCCAGAAUGUGGAUCUGGCGAAGAUGAUUAUGCCAUAGACAUUUUCUCCUUCGGCAUCUGUGCUCUAGAGAUGGCAGUACUGGAGAUCCAGGCCAACGGAGACACUGCUGUGUCCAAGGAGGCCAUCGCCAAUGCAGGUCAAUCUCUGGAAGACCCUCUCAUGAGAGAGUUUACCCAGUCCUGUUUGCGUCACGAAGCCAAGCUCCGUCCUACGGCUCACGACCUUCUGUUCCACCGCGUCUUGUUCGAGGUGCACUCCCUCAAACUGCUCGCCGCCCACUGCCUCAUCAGCAACCAGUACUUGCUCCCGGAAAACUGUGUGGAGGAGAAAACCAAAUCCUUUGACCCCAACGCUGUCAUGGCAGAGAUUAAACACGAAGACAGACAAGGAGUUCAGCUCAAAUACUCCCACGUGUCGCCUCUGGAACUUGACAAGUUUCUGGAGGAUGUCAAGAAUGGGAUCUACCCCUUAAUGAACUUCGCCUCAUCCCGGCCUCACCCCGUCCCUCGCGCCCUCUCCUUGUCUCAGGAGCAGGUUGAGACGGUCAAGACGCCGACUCCUGAACCCCAAGAGACCGAAACAAGAAAGGUUGUUCAGAUGCACUGUAAUUUGGAGACAAAUGAAGAAGGGACCAAAACUCAUCUCUCUUUGUUUCUGAAGAUGGAUGACAAACUUCACAGGCAGCUAAGCUGUGACAUCCUUCCAACUGACACCUCCAAAGACCUUGCCAGUGAACUAGUUCACUACGCCUUCAUAACUGAGGAGGACAGUGAGAAGGUAGCAGGGUUCCUGGAGGACGCCAUCAGCCGACACCGGGUCCGAGCGCUCGCCUCUGGGAGCACACAGUGAGGAGGGGUCACAGCAGUGGCUGGCCCAGACAGAGGGGCCCGGGCAUUGAUCACACAGAUCAAAAAAAGGGAGAGGGCAGCAGACAGGAUCACACAGCCAGAAACAGAGGGAGCUGAUCCAGCUGGGCACAAAAAGGGGACAAAUACAGGAGGAUGCUGGGCCUUGACAGUCAGAAAAUUACCCCAGAGAGAAAGAGGGAACUCCAGCGCUGAGAAAGGAACCAAAGGCCCCUCUGGUUAGAGGGCCGGAGGCAUCAUGGCUGUGUUCAGCAAUCCCACAAAGCAGUGAAAGAUUGACAAACUCCCUGCCUAAAAGGGCUAUCAUGCCUUAAGAUAUCUUGACAGCUUUUUCCAUAAUGCCACUAUUCAGAACGGAAAUGUUUUACUUACAAACGCAGCAGCUAUGUUUCCAGAAGGACAUUUUAUCGCUCAUAAGCCUCGUUUGCACUCCAACGUCCACUUGAUUGGUGAUCAUUUACUUUGAAUUGUAAACAAAGUAAUUUACUAAAGCCUCUCUCCUCUCCUCCUCUCUCCUCGGUUUAUCACAGUUUUAGGAAUUUAAUAUUCCGUCCAACAUGCACUGUUAAUACUCAUUUAUUUAUUUCUGUUUAACUGUGAACAAUAGAAGCUUUGCACAAGCCUGUUUUUGUUUUGCUUUACAUUUUAUGACAUGCGAAAUUAACACACCUCACUGCACUCUAUGGGUAAAGGCUCCUUCUCCCAGAGCUAAACACACCAAGCCUAAAUGUAGUGAUCAGCAAUGAGAUGAUGCCUCUCUUUUAGCCUGUAGUGCUCUUAAGGGUUUUCCCUGUUAAAGUGUUCUGAAAGCCAAAGACUUGAAAAGUGCCUGAUACGGCAAAAUGUACUUUGGACAAAAAUUCCUAAUGAAAUGGCAUAUUACCAAACUCAGCAAUUUGGAAUUUAACUAAAUCAGGCUGACUUUAACUGGUAUAACCAGAUACAUUGAUUUGUACUACAAA